CGCAGGCAAUAACGCUCUCUCUUGUCCGAUUUCUCCAUCGACGCAUUAUUGCCGGACGAUCUAGCUUUCCCGUGGUGCCGUCGCCACUCUAAAAUAUUUUCUUUAAAAAGGAAAGAUACCUUUCGGGAGUGGUACCCCGUGUUCAUUGACACAGACGGGUAAACGUAAAGAAAAAUCCAUAAGCUUAAGCCAAUUCAUGUAGUGAGCGCUUUCGCCGAGUAAUACAGUGUCGACCAAACCAGAGCCCAUGGGAUCGGAGCGGAUGGAGAUGCGUAAGCGGCAGACGUCGGUGCAGCAGGAGAUGCCGGGUUCUGCACAGCCACAGCAGGGUGCUGGGAACCGGGGCUCCAAUGCCUGCUGUUUCUGCUGGUGUUGCUGCUGUAGCUGCUCAUGUCUUACUGUUAGGAAUGAAGAUGACGAACGAGCAAGAAGAAUGUCUCAGGAAGCUAGAGGAGAAAGCCUGCCAAACUGUGAAGAAAGUCCAAAGCCAACACUUGAAGAAGUGCAAUCCUGGGGACAGUCUUUUGACAAGUUAAUGAAAAGUCCUGCAGGAAGAAAUGCAUUCCGAGAAUUUUUACGAACAGAGUACAGUGAGGAGAAUAUGUUAUUUUGGCUGGCCUGUGAGGACCUUAAGAAAGAAGUCAACAAAAAUAUUGUGGAAGAGAAAGCAAGGUUAAUAUAUGAGGAUUAUAUAUCCAUCCUUUCACUUAAAGAGGUCAGCCUUGAUUCCAGAGUCCGCGAGGUCAUCAACAGAAACAUGCUUGAACCUACCCCUCAUACAUUUGAUGAUGCACAGCUUCAGAUUUACACAUUAAUGCACAGAGACUCUUAUCCAAGAUUUAUGAACUCCGCUGUCUACAAAACCCUGCUUCAAUCCUUAACUGAUACAUCGUCAGAACCUUAAGCCUUCCCAACGUUGUUUCUGAAAAUAAAAGUUUGAAAUGUCUGUGGGCAAUUAUUACUCACAGGGACACUGGAGCUAUUUGAUCUUCACCAGAAAGUAAUACUCAGGCAAAUUUUACUAAGGAUUUUAAUGUCUAUCUGCAGAGGGCUCUGAACACAGGCCAAAACACAGCUUCAGAUCAACACAGCAAGAUUCUCCAAAGGAUGACUGAUGAAAUGUUAGCCAUUUUAAAAGCCUGUAGUUGUAUUUUGUACAUGAAAUACUAAUAAGAUGUACUCAAAGACAAGAGUUUGUUUGCGGAAGUGCCUUGAUGUUCCUCUAAUGACAUCCUCACCUGAGGUACAUGUACUACAGUAUGGUUCAAAAGUCUCCUACCAUUGCACAUUAUGAUAAUGAUGCCACAGCCACAUUGGGCGGUACUUCCACUUGUCUUGGAGUAUAUAUACUUGAUAAAUGUAAACAUAGUGCUGAUGGAUCAACUUAAAGUAUCUAAGCCAAUGGUUUGGAAAAAUACUGAAAUACUGCCUAUAAAACAUGGUUUGUUGUAAGACGUCUAUUAUUUUACUAUCAGAGUUUUGCUUAAAAUGCAAUUUUUUUUAGUUAUGAUUUGUGAAUAUUUAUAAAACUUGAUUUCAAAGAAUUUAUCACUUGUUUUAUUUUGCAAAUGGAAAACGGACAAAGUGUGGGCAUUUCAAUUGUUUAAAAAAAAAUAAAGCACAAUAAUUUUAAUUUACAGUUGUUUCGUGAUCUGUCACAACUAAAUUAAUGUACACAAUGUGAUGAAAUCUUUUAUGAA